AUGCGCGACUGGGGCUUAGAUCCGGGAAGCCCGCAAUGGGCGCCGGAUCCCUACGCAGAGGUCGACAGCACGCGCGUUUCUCGACGAAGGGAGCACGCGCGGCGCGCGAACGAGCUGGACAAGAGGCUGGCGUCUCCCACCGCCCCGGACCCGCUGAAUCUCCCGGAGCACUACGCCGACAUCAUGUGGAGGGAGCACGUCUCCAGGUAUUGGGGGAAAGAGCCUAGAGUUCGAGAGUGGUCGCGGCUUCGCGAGGCCGAGGGGAGCACGCCGGAGGGACUCCUGCGUGGGGCAGCUCCGGCGAGGUGGGACGCGGAGCGAUGGCCCAGGUCGCGCGUCCCGGGAAAACGAUUCGUGCAAGUUCUCCGGGACGACAACGUCGCCGCGCCAGUCGACGAGGACGAGAACGCGCCCGAGGUGGACAUCGUCAACUCCGAUCGGUUGUACGCUCUCGGUAACUUCGACCACUUCUUCACCCCCGUCCCGUCCCCAAGAGAGGAAGGCGAGGACUACGUACCCUCGCCGUGGGAGGUCACGACGACGCCCAGGGAAGCCGAGGGCGCGGAUGACGACGAACGCCCGGGUGACGACGUGUGCCCCGCGGCGAACGCGACCGAGGAUGACGGCCCACCCGACUGGUACGAUAAGGUGGUGGUGGACCGCGCGCGGCUGUCCCGCGGCGUCAGGUUCGAGAGCAAGGGUGAGACGCGCGAGGAGGCUGUCGCGCGGAGGCUCCGUGGGCACCCAACUCCGGAGGAGGCGAGGCAGGAUAAGAGGAGGGACAAGAGCAGGGCGAUGAAGGAGCUCAAGGAGGUGAGGCACGCGCUGGGUAUGUCCAACAGGGUCGUGGGAGAGAAGGAUGACGACACACGGGCGAAGGAGAAGGGGCGUAAGUACUAG